AUGUUGGCGCAUUACCUCCCGAAUGAGUUUGCAUUUGCCAGCGUGCUAAGUUCGUGUGUCGAUAGUGAUGGUGGACAUGGCCGGCAGGUACACGGCCUCGCUUUGAAAAUGUCUUUGGAUGCUUGCGUUUACGUUGCGAAUGCUCUCAUUACCAUGUAUAGCAAGCUGUGUGAUCAUGGAGGUGUGUUUGAUGUUAGUAGGGACGAGGCAUGGAAGGAUUUCAGUGUCGUCGACUUGGAGCUCAAGCUAUUGAUCUGUUUGUACUUUGUACAAAUGCACCUUGAUGGACUCGAGUUUGACCGUGCCACACUUCUCAGCGUUUUUUCUUCCUUGAAUGGAGUAAAUGGCAUUGAUGAUAUGGUGGUCACUAGGUUUUGUUAUCAACUGCAUUGUCUAGUUAUCAAAACGGGGUUUAUAUUAGGAACUGAAGUGGUCACUGCGUUAGUAAAAGCUUAUUCAAAUCUUGGAGGGAAUGUUGCCGAUUGUUACAGGCUUUUCUCUGAGACAAGCUGUCAUCGAGAUAUUGUUGCGUGGACAGGUAUUAUGUCGAUAUUUUCCGAGCGGGACCCUGAAGAAGCACUUUCCCUUUUUCGUCAAUUACGCAGGGAGAACUUAGCUCCAGACAGGUAUACCUUCUCAAUUGUUUUAAAAGCCUAUGCAAGCCUUGCAACCGAGCCUCAUGCCUCGGCAGUUCAUUCUCAAGUUAUCAAAGGCGGGUCUGGGGGUGACACAGUCCUUGCAAACGCCUUGAUCCAUGCAUAUGCUCGGUGUGGCUCCAUUUCCUUGUCUAAGCAAGUUUUUGAUGGAAUUGAGUUUCAUGAUGUUGUUUCUUGGAACACAAUGCUCAAGGCUUAUGCCUUGUAUGGACAAGCUGCAGAGGCGCUAGUUGGUGAGGCUGAGAAGCUUGUAAGUAGAAUGCCAAUGGAGCCUGAUUCCGUAGUUUGGAGUGCGCUCCUUGGAUCAUGUAGGAAGCAUGGAAAUACACAGUUGGCCAAGUUAGCAGCUGAUAGACUGAAGGAGUUGGCUCCAGAGGGUUCAUUAGUUGAUGUACAAAUGUCAAAUAUAUAUAGCUCUGAUGAUAACUUUGGUGAAGCGGGCCUAAUUAGGAAGGAAAUGAAAGGGUCUCGAGUGAAAAAGGAACCUGGAUUAAGCUAG